AUAAUCCCAGAAAUUUAACAAAUGGAGCAAGAAAAGUAUGAUGACAAAUGCUCUCUGAUAAUGCUGGGAGACGCUGGUGUCGGCAAAUCAACCCUGAGCAUCUCUUAUAAAUGUGGCUAUCCGCUAGAUAAGAAGACUCAGGCAACAAUAGGGUUUGACCUUUGGACUAAAAUUGUCAAUGUAGAUGACAAAUAAGGUGAAAGCUCUGAUUUAUGAUACUUCUGGCCAAGAGGUUUUUAAUUGUAUCACCAAAAACUAUAUACGGCAGGGAGAAGGCAUUCUUAUUGUGUAUGACAUCACUGAUCUCAAGUCAUUUGAGUCAGUCAUGUACUGGGAAGAAGAAGUAAAAGAGCAUAGAUGUGACAACCCCUUUAUAUGCAUUGUAGGGAAUAAGGCCGAUUUGGAGGACCAAAGGCAAGUUAGCCAAGAAGCAGGCCAAAAAUUAGCAAAUAGAUUAGGUGCUAGCUUCAUUGAAACAUCCUGAAAGGACAUGAUCACUAUUGAUCAGGCAUUCACUAUCGUUAUCAAACAAAUUUAUUCUCAGAAAAUUGAAAGAAAUAGUGAAAUAACUGCUCGGCUAAGCCGCAGUACCAGAAAGUGAGAGAAGCGCAAGCAAGGGUGACCUUGCAAAUAAGUCUUUAUAG